AUGGACUGUACCACACUUGCUCCGAUCGGGCUUGUACCAACGUCAGAAAUGUACAGCCCAGUCGCAAGCCGCACCAUAAACCCCGGGAGCGUUUUCGAUAAGCUCCCAGUUCAGGUCCGCAACAACAUCUUCGGAAGAUGUUGCCUGGAGUGGACGGGCGAAAUGCCCGCAGUCAUAGUCGCCAUGCGCAUCUCCCCUGUAGCUUAUGGUUGUCUUCUUGACAUAUUCUAUGGUUCUAAUGCAUUUACGUUGCAUGCUGGAAAUAAAUGGAGUUUAUAUGGAAUGAGCAAAUAUGCCGUGGCUACAAUUCAAACUUUGGAAAUUAUUGUUUGCACAUGCUAUCUAACUGAUGGGUCUUCCAACACCUGGCUUACUCCUCUCUGGUAUUCACCAGCAAAGACCGGUGCCAACAACGUCCGCAACAUCGCCCUAAUUCCGGCUCCUCUGCACCGCAUUAUAGCACCAACUGAAAGAUUUCCUGUUCCCUUCUCUGAAAUGCACGAUUGUCCACAUCCCUCCUUGGUGCUGGAGCACUUUGUUCACAAGUUCCCUUACUUCCUCACACCCUUCAAGAACGUAAGAGAGGUCCACACCCUUUUCUCACUUUGGCCGUGGUAUAACGAGGACAAAGGAACAGAAGGCUUAGGUAUAUUGAGAAAGAUAGUCCAGAAGACGGUUAACAUCCUCGAAGUUAAUGUCAACAUUGAUGAGUUCCGAGAUGCUACUAAACCUAGUGUAGAGUUAGGUCAGUUGUGUAUGUGGAAGGUUGACGACGACAAGGAUGUACUAAUGGACUGGAGCAUGGUUGGGGAAAAUGCUAUAGUACAUCACGAAGUGGACUGGGAGUGUUUUAUUGAUUGGGAGGGCGAGCAGGACGUGUCGGGAGAGCAGGACGGAUCGGAUGGCCUCGACCGAUGGGAUGGGCACGGCGGACCGGAUGAGCAGGACGGAUUGGGUGAUCAGGAGAUGCAUGACGUACCGGAUGAGCAUGAGAUGCUUGAUGCACCGGAUGAGCAUGAGAUACAUGACACACUGGAUGAGCAUGAGAUGCUUGAUGCACCGGGUCAACAGAAAGUUGUGAAGCGGAAGCGGAAGAACGAGAAUUUGCAACCAUGCCGAAGGUCCAAGAGACUUAGAAGUUGA